GAGAGAGAGAAGCAGCAAGAUCAGGAUCAAGACAAGGAAAUGGAUGAAGAAGAAGGAAGAGGAAGAGGAGGAGAGGAGGACGAGGAGGAAGGAAGGAGAUUAGCAGAGAUUGUGAAGGAAACUCAUCGUCUUUUGAGAGAGAGAUACAAAGAAGAAGGAGAGGCGGUGUGGGCGGAACAUUUGCAGAAGGAAGAUCGACUCAAACAAUAUUCCAUAGCGAUGAGAAAUUUGGCAACGAGACACUGGCCGGCCGACACUGAGGCCAGCUCCUCUCGUGUGGGGUGGGUGCGGGCUGCGGUGAGGGAGUAUUUCUAUGAACGGGGCUUUGAGACGGCCGCUGAGAAGGAGAUGAGGAAGCUCCAGCACCUUGGCUUGACUCCAGACCAGCCGCUGUGUUGCAUUCCACCACAGGGCAGACUAAGAGUGUUGGAUGUUGGCAGCUGUUACAAUCCUUUCACUGUGUUUCCAGAGUUUGACGUCACAGCAAUGGAUCUCUACCCCGCCCAUGAGUCUGUGUUGAAAGGAGAUCUCUUAAGUCUCAAGAUAGAAGAGGCAACAGAAAACGGAACUGGAAAGAAAAUGGAAGAAGAAGAAGAAGAAGAGAAGAAGAAAGAGGAAGGAGAAGAAGAGGAGGAGAAGGAGGAGGAGGAGGAGGAGGAGGAGGAUGCGAGAUUGAAGAUGACGGGAGAAAUAGAUGAAGAAGAACCAAAACACCCCAAAACACCCCAAACCACCACAAAAACACCCAAAACCACCACAAAACACCCACACACACCUGCACAGACACACACACCCACCCCAGCACACCCCAACGCACCCCAGACACUAACCAGCGUACCCCAACAGUCCUUUAAUGUCGUAGUAAUGAGUCUUCUGUUAGAGUAUUUACCUUCGCCAAAUCAACGUCGAAAUUCGUGCGAAAAAGCUUAUAAUUUAUUGACCCCAGGUGGAAUAUUGGCGAUCGUGACCCCGGACAGCAAACACGAGGGCGCCAACUCCCAUAUUUACCAGCUGUGGCGCGCGACUUUAGCUUCUAUGGGGUUCGGAAGAGUGAGAUACGAGAAACGGUCGCAUUUUCACGGUUUCUUGUUCCGAAGGGGUUUUUGCCGCGCUGCCUGGGUUGCCGACUUUCCCAGGCUCCUCCAGGGUGCCAUGAAGGCCUGGCACUCCCUUCGGCACAAGCUAAAAGGGAUUGACUACUGCAAAGUGAGACAGGAGAUGUAUAUUCCGCAAGAUUUUGUCUGUGGUGGUGGUGGUGGUGGUGGUGGUGGUGGUGGUGGUGGUGGGGGAAGAAGAGGAAGAAGAAGAAGAAGGAGGAGGAGGAGG